GGCAUUGCAAAGCAAACCAACAAGGCCUUUCCUUCAUUUCAAAAAACAAAGGCCUUCCUUUUUCCAAGCCCUGUUACACAUAAUUAAUAUACUUCAGCAUGGCAUCUGUCCCUACUUUAGAAAUCAAAGAACGUGAUCAUGCAGCGAGCAUUGAUAUGGUAUUGGAAAAUGGAGCUUACUUGACAUGGGAAAAUCUGUGGGUAACAGUUCCCCAUGGAAAGAAUAGCACCAAACCCAUUCUCCAAGGUCUUACAGGUUUUGCUAGUCCUGGCCAACUUUUAGCAAUCAUGGGUCCUUCUGGCUGUGGCAAGUCCACUCUUCUUGAUGCUUUGGGAGGAAGAUUAAGUUCAAAAAUGAAGCAAAGUGGGGACAUUCUAAUAAAUGGACGUAAAGAAACUCUGGCAUAUGGUACAUCGGCAUAUGUAACACAAGAUGAUACUUUAAUGACAACUUUAACGGUAAGCGAAGCCGUCUACUAUUCAGCACAGCUCCAAUUGCCAGAUUCCAUGUCGAAAUUGGAGAAGAAAGAAAGAGCAGCAAUGACAAUAAGAGAAAUGGGUCUUCAAGACGCCAUGAACACAAGAAUUGGAGGUUGGGGAGAUAAAGGCCUUAGUGGUGGGCAAAAGAGAAGAGUUAGCAUUUGUAUUGAAAUCCUAACACGUCCAAAGCUUCUCUUCCUUGAUGAACCAACAAGUGGACUUGAUAGCGCAGCUUCUUACUAUGUUAUGAGUAGAAUUGCAUGUCUUGAUAAAAGAAUGACUAUAAUAGCAUCCAUCCAUCAACCAAGCAGUGAAGUCUUCCAACUUUUCAACAAUCUUUGCCUUCUUUCUUCUGGUAAAACAAUAUAUUUUGGACCGGCUUCUUUAGCAAAUGAGUUUUUCACUUCAAGUGGUUUUCCUUGCCCAACUCUCCAAAAUCCUUCCGAUCACUUCCUCAAAACCAUAAACAAGGACUUCGAUCAGGAUAUUGAUGAGGAAAGUUUAGUUGGAGCAAUAUACAGGGAAGAAACCAUCAAUUCCCUUCUAAAAUCUUAUAAGGCGUCUGAAACUUACCAGCAAGUACGACAACAAGUAGCCGAAACAUGUAAACAGGACUGCGAAGCACUGGAGAAGAAGAAAAACCGUGCAAGCUUCCUAACACAGUCAAUUGUUUUGACAAAGAGAUCUUUCGUAAACAUGUAUCGCGAUCCGGGUUACUAUUGGCUGCGUCUAGUUAUCUACAUCACCUUGGCCAUAGGGUUGGGAACUAUCUAUUGCAAUAUUGGUUUUACUUAUGAAUCAAUUCAGGCAAGAGGUUCGCUUCUCACUUUUAUAGCUUCAUUCCUAACUUUUAUGACUAUUGGUGGAUUCCCUUCCUUUGUGGAAGACAUGAAGGUAUUUGAGAGAGAAAGAUUGAAUGGUCAUUAUGGAGUUACUGCAUUUGUGAUGGGAAACACAUUUUCAGCCUUGCCAUAUUUGCUUAUCAUUUCAAUAAUUCCUGGAGCAUUAUCUUAUUACCUUCCUGGACUUCAAAAGGGAUAUGAACAUUUCUUAUACUUCGUCUGUGUGCUAUUUGCUUGCAUGAUGUUAGUUGAGAGCCUAAUGAUGAUUAUAGCAAGUCUUGUGCCAAAUUUUCUCAUGGGAAUAAUAACAGGAGCUGGAGUUCAAGCACUUAUGAUUUUGGGCGGUGGAUUUUUCAGAUUGCCAAAUGAUCUUCCUGAUUUCUUUUGGAGAUAUCCUCUGUUUUACAUGGCUUUCCACAAGUAUGCCUACCAAGGAAUGUUCAAAAACGAGUUUGAAGGUUUGGUAAUACAUAAUGAUCAAGUUGGAUCAGGAAAAACUACCAUAAGUGGUGAAGAAAUUUUGAAAGAUAAAUGGCAAGUUGAAAAGGGUUACUCAAAGUGGGUUGAUCUUGCUAUUUUGCUUGGGAUGGUACUUUUAUAUCGAAUUCUGUUCUUGAUAAUCAUCAAGAUCAAGGAGAAGAUCAAGACUGGUAGAAUAACUUUCAUGCCAGUUCCUUCUAAGCAGACCAUACAGGUUAUGGAAAAUCCCAUUGCUACACCAUUGCAUGGAGAUAAUAACUAAGUGACUUGAUGUCUUAAACGCUAUGCAUUACCAAAAAAUAAUUUAGCAGUGAAAGUUAUGCAUUACCAAAAUUAAUUUAGUAGUGAAAGUUAAGUCUAGCACUUUGAUCGAUGUAAUAUGUGUCAAGGUGCUGAGCCCAUAUGAAAUGUUAGAUUGGACUGAAAUAGAUUGGGGUGUUUCAACCUUAGCCUAAUCAUAUUGGGCUAAGUUUAGAAUAGCCCAAUGGACUAAACUAGAAAUGGUUGAUUCUGAUCCACUGCUUUAUCAAUCUACAUUCAAAAGUAAGUUGUAUUGUUAACAA